GCUCGAUGCGUGGGAGCGAGACGGCAGAUACGAAAAAGUCGGCGGUAUAUAUAAAACCGGUAUCUCGGCAACGCGGUUUCUUUAGUCAAAAGCCGGACGCCGGUUGUGGUACUUUGUGGACGACGAUACGCGCGCACAUAUAUUACACGUUUUUCACGUUGACUGUUUGUGCAUUUAACGAGCGAUUUAACUGACGGUUAAAAAAAUCAGCAUCGAUGAAAAUGAAGUGCGGAAACUGCAGCGAAGUGACACACAAGGAUGUCGUGAUAAUCGGUAACGGACCCAGCGGUAUUGCGAUGUCGUACAUGCUGUCGGGGAACACACCUUACGUGGUGUCCGAUCAACAUCCGGAUGAAUUUCUGUCGGCCCGAUUGUCACCCAGCGUCGGUCAGAGUUUGGUCUCCGAAGAUCUCGGUCUGCUGGCUUCCGGUCUGGAGGGUCGCACCACGAAUCCGGUGUCCCUGCUGCUGGACAGCCUUAUGCAACCGUACGCGGACAUCGGACUAGAUUUGGAACCGCUGGUGGAGUGGAGAAACGACGGACCUAAGGUCAGUUCAACCUCUAAUCGUUUCUUUCCAAGGAGUUCAACAUCGAACACGCAGGACACGCAUUAUUCAUGAGCAAAAAGCGACCUCAACCAUUUAUUUCGUGUGUGUCCUUUGCGACUCAAAUUUCCCCCCAAAAUACAUCAAAAUUU